AUGGAAAGAAUGUCAAACCUCUUUACCGAAGAGGAUGCCAUCUCGGAUUUGAGCAGGGCACAUGAAGUUUACCCUGGUGAUGAAACAGUUGCUGAUGUAUUGAGGGAUGCUGAGGAAAGAUUGGCUAGAGAAGGCAGUCAUCAGGCACCUCAAGGUGUGGCAAUUGAAGAAAUAACUGAAGAAGCUGCAAGCACCUCUUCAGCUAAUCGCCAAACUUCAUUUACCAAAUAUUCAUCGAAACAACCACGAGAAAGUACUGGAUUAUCUAAAGAAAGAGUGGGAAAAACGUUUGGGACAUUGACAGCCAAUUCUGUGUGCCUGGAGGCUCUAAAAAAUGAUCCAGAAGCCCUUCGAUCGUUUCAGAAAUUCAUUUCUAAUGCUGAUCCUUAUACCCUUUCUGCUUUGAGUAGCGGUAAAGUUGGAGAGGUGUCACCAGACUUGUUUAAGACUGCUACAAAUAUGAUCGGCAAAAUGUCACCUGAACAGCUACAAAAAAUGGUUCUUGGAUUUGGACCUGGAUCAGUUCAUCCCAAUGUAACACCUGACAUGCUUAAAUCUGCAACUGAUAUGAUGACCAAGAUGCCUCCAGAGGAGCUUCAGAAAAUGUUUGAAGCAGCAGCCUCUUUGGAAGGGAAUGACUCUAUUUCCACAUCAACAGCUGUAAAGAGUAGCAGACUGGAUUCAGAUGCUGAGGUAAAAUAUCCAGAAUUUCAGACGGCAUCUGUCUCCAAUGGGAAUAAUGGUUUUGGUGAAACCAGUUCUUCUAGUCGUUUUCCGAAUCCAAUUUCUCAGUCGAAUUUGCCUACAUCAACUGCUGAUUUACAGGAACAGAUGAGAAACCAAAUGAAAGAUCCAGCGAUGCGGCAGAUGUUUGCAUCAAUGAUGAAAAACAUGAGCCCAGACAUAAUGGAAAACAUGGGUGAACAAUUUGGAUUGAAGCUUUCUCGUGAAGAUGCCAAAGCACAACAAGCUAUGGCAUCUUUAUCACCCGAGGAAUUGGAUAGAAAGAUGCGCUGGGCAGAUAGGAUCCAGAAAGGAGUAGAAGGUGCAAAGAAGGCAAAGAACUGGUUGCUUGGAAAAUCCGGUAUGAUCCUAGCACUAUGCAUGCUCAUCUUAGCAGUGGUUCUUCACCGGUUGGGUUUUAUCGGUAGAUUGAAUUAUCUCAAUCUCCAUUUUGAACGUGAAUCGCCAUGGAAGUUCAACUUUAGAAACUAUAUCAUGCUUCUCGGGUUGCAAGGUGGUAAGGGCAGUAAUUUGGAGCAACACGUUCUCACGAUUAAAAAACGGUGUUUUGUGUUGUAUCGAUGAAAGGGGUGGUCGAGAUUUCUUUCAAAUGUGAACGCUCAGUGGAUUCCGUGUUGUAUCGAUGAAAGAAUGGUCAGUGUUUCUCUCAGAGGAGAUUGAAAGGCACGAUCCUGAUAUCAAACUGACUUCCAUUUCUCUGCAAAAAUAUCACUAUAUCAGCAUUUGAGGACAUAUUUCUGAUCCUUAUCUGUUUCAGGUUUUUCUCUGUAACAAUACAGCAUUCUGAUGACAUAUGUCUUCUGAUUCUUCUGUUUUCGGG